UGGAUCGCGGUUUAUAACCCGUGAGGGAGUUGACAUGUGCGGUUUAGUUACUUGAAAAUGUAGGUAUCUACCUAGAUAGGUAGUAUAUAGGUAGGGUACCUACAGAGUGGUAGAGCAUUCCUAGCUAGGUUAUUCUGUAAUAUAUCAAUUCGCUCUCCAAGGAUGAGUGCCCCUCAAGUACCUUCAUCUAGACCCGUCGUCCCGCGGAUUCUCGAAGGCAAGCUAGCCAUUGUAACCGGUUCCGCAAGAGGUAUUGGUGCGGCAAUUGUCCGCAAUCUCGCCAGUAAAGGAUGCAACAUCGUCAUAAACUACGCUACAAAAGCCUCUGACGAGGCGGCGUCUAAAGCGUGUGCUGAAUUAGAGAAGGACUUCGGCGUGAAGGCAAUCAGAGUCCGCGCCGAUGUCUCACAAAGAGCAGACUGCGCCAAGAUCAUCGAGGCAUCCAAAACCCACUUCACAGACUCUCAAACUGGCAAGCUGCAGAUCGAUAUCCUGAUCCACAACGCCGCAGUGGUCGUGGUUGGUCCGCUUGAGAGUAUCGACGAGGGAGAUUUCCAGCAUAUCUAUUCCAUCAACGUGCUCGGUCCGAUGCUCUUGACGACGGCUUGUAUUCCGCAUCUACCAACCGAUAGAUCCGGUCGGAUUAUCAUGCUGUCGAGCAUCAACCCCAAGAUAGGCACAUUAAAUACGUCCUUGUAUUCCGGUACUAAAGGCGCGUUAGAGGCCAUGGCUCGUGUCUGGUGUCGCGAGCUUGCCGAACGCGCAACGGUCAACAGUAUUAACCCGGGUCCGGUAAUGACCGAUAUGUACUUGAGGGCACCUGAGGAGGCAAGACAAUCGCUGGCACCGUGGAAUCCGCUCACGCCGUUAUCCCGCGUACGGUCAAGUGAUUCUCCUGAGAUGCGGGAAAUAGGAGAUCGUUUGGGUGGCCGCCCUGCCUACGUCCAUGAGAUUGCUGGUGUUGUCGGUAUGCUGUGUACUCCGGAAUCAGGAUGGUGUACGGGCAGUUUAAUAAGUGCCAAUGGAGGGCUAUCGUUCAGUUAUUAGGUUAUAAUUCCAUAUUAUCUGAGCACACCACUUACUCAACACCCCAAGAUCUUACUAUCCCCGUUUCAGUCGCAUUUAUCAAAUCAAUUUCUUGGACUCCUAUGGUUUUAGGAUCAGGGCCUUUUCCAGAGUAGUUAGCACCUUUGUACAACAAGCAUUUCUACUCAUCUUGAAUGGUAAACAAAGUUGUUCAAUUGCGAAGGAACAUUACCGCGCAAUCUAUGACCAACAACAGUUCGUACUUUACG